UCGUGUCCCAAGGAGGAUAAAACACGGGAAAAAAUUAAAGUUGUUGUUGAAAAAUUAGCGGUGGUGGUAACAGAUACAUUAAAAUCCUUUCGUUGGCCUUCUCCUUUGUCGCUCUAGUUUUCGCCGCUUUUGCCAGUCCUGCUCCUGUACAGAAAAAGCUUUCGCUCGUCGCUACUUGUUGCUGGUUGUAGCCAUACUCGAAUACGAGUUCUACCACGUUACACUUAAUUCUCGCGAAAACAUCAGUGCCAGCAUAUGUAGGCCAAACUUAUGAUGCGCUGCGUUUUCUCUGUUGCAAGUUCGCGUACGCCUAAUGCCCCGGAAGCGUACAAACUGAGGAAUUGUUACUCCCGCGAGACAUUAUUGCCGGACGCCAACAUGAGCGACGACACUACAGAGAUUGCGCUCACGGAAGCUGGUGAUCAGCUCGCCACAAUCACAACAGGUCAUACGAUUAAACGACGACCUUUCAGUCGAAAUACGGAACUGCUUCUGGUCGGCGUUAUCACAUGCCUGGGCUCCAGUCUACUGUGGUCAAGUAUUGCAUUUUCCCUCGACGGGUCCCAAAGGAAUUCUCCUCACCACUUUGUUGGUGACGGCAGCGAACACGGCCAGCAGCACAUAGCCCAUAUUAAAGAAUCAGGAACGAAAAUUUGUAUAUCAAAGGAGUGCGUAACAACAGCGUCAUCGUUGUUAGGAGCAAUGGAUGCAACGGCGGAUCCAUGCGACGAUUUCUUCGAGUACGCCUGUGGAACCUGGAACAAGGCGCAUCCGAUUCCUGAUGACAGGGCGACAAUUACUACCUUCGAGGUGCUUGCGGACCAGGUUCAGCUUACUAUCAAAGAUCUUCUAGAGGAGCAGGAAUCCACGAGAGACAAUGAGGCCACAGCGAAGACAAAGCGUAUGUACAGCGCUUGCAUGAACGCGAAGGCGGCGAGUGACGAAACGUUACGUACGUGGCUUGCGGACCUCGGAGGCUGGCCGCUUCUUAGCCCAGGUUCCUGGAACCAGCCCAAUACAACGCUUGAGAACUUUAUAGCUAGCCUCAAGGUGAACUUCGAUAUGGCGGUGCUCUUUGUUGAGUGGGUGGGACCCGAUGACAUGAAGUCUUCGGUAAAUAUCAUUCAGCUCGACCAAAUGAACCCGGUUCUUCGUGGCAAGGACUGGUAUAUCGCAGAACGGUUUCACAAAGAUCGCGUUGCCUAUCGCCAAUUGAUAUAUGACGUAGCUGUGCUAUUGGGAGGGACGGAACUUAAGAGAGAUGAACUCUUCGAAAGUAUAGACGAGCUGAUCGCUUUUGAAACGGAGCUUGUUAAGAUCGGCGUUCCGGAUGAAGAGCGUCAUGACUCCGGCAUGCGGUAUAGGAAGCUGACACUUAGAGAUCUCACAGAACUCGUACCUGCUUUCAAUUUUACAGCUUUUCUACUUGAGGUCUUCAAAGGGAUACCAGUAAAUUUGACUAGUUCAGAGCCGCUUGUGUAUUAUUCGCAUGAAUACUUCAGCUCACUAUCGCCGAUCCUCGAACGUACAAAUCGUCGCACCAUACAAAAUUAUGCGCUCUGGAGGGUGAUCAAUUCCGUCUUGCCCAAUCUUCCAGAAAGUUUUUCAAAGCCAAGGAUGGACUUCUUGAAAAGUACAACGGGGAUAUCUUCAGACAAAAAGGACUGGCGCAAGUGUGUGGAGGCCACAAGCAAGAAGCUGGACUACGGAGUGGGAGCACUAUUUAUACGAGAUCACUUUGAUCGCUCCUCAAAGGUCAUGGCACAGGAAAUGAUCCAUAACAUCCGUGAGGCUUUCAACGAACUCCUCGAAGAGAACGACUGGAUGGAUAAAGAGACAAAACGGGUAGCCCGGGACAAGGCUAACUCGAUGCAUGAGAAGAUCGGCUAUCCGGAUCUCUUUGAUGAUGAAAAGCUGCUCGAGAAGGAAUAUGACGGGCUAAAUAUUGGCCCGGACUUUCUAAGGACAUUGGGCAACAUCAACCGCUGGGAUUUGAAUCGCACUCAUUCACGACUGCGGUUGCCUGUCGACCGAGAACGUUGGACAACAUAUCCGGCGGCCGUAAACGCAUUUUACGGGCCUAACAAAAAUGACAUUCUCUUUCCUGCCAACAUUCUACAACCUUUUUUCUACAGCAAACAUUUCCCCAAGUCGGUAAAUUAUGGUGGAAUUGGCGUGGUGAUCGGCCACGAAAUUACGCAUGGUUUCGACGACAAAGGUCGACAAUUUGACAAGGAUGGAAACCUUCAACAAUGGUGGAACAAUAAAACGAUCGAAACGUUUCGGUCGCGAGCCAAGUGUAUGAUCGCACAGUAUUCACAAUUCACAGUACCGGGUUUCGGCAAUGUAAACGGACGACUUACACAAGGCGAAAACAUCGCGGAUAAUGGUGGCCUUAAACAGGCAUUCAGGCCAUGCGAAAUCUGCUUGGGUGGCAGAGAUACGGGAUGUGACGCAGUCUCUCCUAGCGAAAACAUACGUCAACGAGUCAAACUUCGGUAAAGUCGAGAAGACAAGUGACGGAAAGUAUAAUGUCUUUGGAUAAGUGAGAUAGGACGCUUGGUCGUGCACGGAAGGUGCUGUGGCAAUGUACUGUGGAUACGAAUACGUCCGGAAGAACGCAACGGCAAAUGAAAUUUUCUUAGCCAUAAUAUUUAAGUUACGAUCGUAUUUAACACGUACGGUAAUCACUAGGCGAGUUCGAACGAAGUGUACCGUAAUAGCGAUUCUUACAGAAGGCGAUAUAAUUUUGAAAGACAAAUAUACUUUAUAACAAAAAAACAGUUCAAAAGGACGGUGUUUGAAAAGGUACAUAGGCCAUCGUAACAGCGCCGCGGUGCCAAUAAUAUAUAUGACACGAUUACUGCAAACGCGAGACCGUUGUAAAAUAUAUGUAAUUGCUCUAUACGAUUAUUAGAAUUACUAACGUGAUUUUACAUACGUUGUACGUACUUAGAUAUAUACACAGCCUAGUUAUCGGGUGUGUAAGAGGUAUGACGCUACUGUUCAAGGUAAAACUGUUUGAAAUACACGUAGUAUACUAUGGACAACUAUAUAAAUACUCUACACUGAACAAAUCUUCCCCCUCCCUGACUGAUGGUUGAUUGAGCCGAAACGUCCACAUGGAGAUCUUGAAUGUGGCGAGGAUGAUUGAUUUCACGAUAAACCACAGUAGCAUAAUGCCCCUACUACCUACAUCAUCAUCAUCGUCGUCGAGAUGCGAACCACUGCUAUGUUAUGCUGCGGGCAAUUAAUUUAUAAUAAAUACAAUUACCAAUAAUAACCAUUAUUAUUGUGGCACUUUUAAACCAUUGCAAGAUAUAUAUACGUUUGGUUGUGUCUCUAUAGUCAGUCUCAGCUAAUAAUAACUAUAAUAGUCGUACUUGUUAGACAGAUUUAUGAAUGAGGCGAGAACAACCGUAAAACAAGUUUAUUACGAAAUACUCGUCCCUCAAAUCCCACGUGCACCCAAUAAUAUAUAUCUAGUCAAAAGUAUCUCCUGACCCACAAAGCAGGCACACACAGCCGCGUAGCAGUUCAGGCCUUUUCAGACGCCUGUGUCAACGCCCUAACGCAACGAACUAGCGACCAAGAACCCGGCUGGUAACCAAAUGCCAUGGGGCGCUACGACGUGUUGAUGACCUGAUAUCGCAGGGGACAGUUGGACGAAUGUGUACCUAUACGGGACCCUAGCCGGCUCUAAGACCCCUGAGCCCGCGGGGGCUGCUUUUUUCGGCGAACAACCAAAAGAGAGAAAGGCUAAGAGGGAUUAGAUCUGUGGAAGAACUAUUAGAAGUACUUCCAUUAAUAUAAUGUGGGUUCAGUAUGCUGCUCCACUUCUGCUGAAACCAACUGAACGUUCAGCCGACCUUAGUUCGUAGCUGCUCGAAUUAAACUAUCGUCCUGAUGUCGUUACAUAUGCAACAAUAACCUAUAAGAUUAAGGAACCUAUAAUAUAACAAUUACUACCGCUAUUACGAGCAUCUAGGACCGAGCCGAUAUAGGCGGGAAUCAUGCCUAGAUGUUGUUUGUGAAGUCCACUUCUGAUCAUGGUUACACUAUGAAGAUUAUGGUGAAAACGAAAAGUAGACAUGUAGAGAACUGAAGCUAAUAUAGAUAUAUCUAAAGGAAUUUUUAUGCUUACACAAACGUGCACACAUUGCCAUUCACACAGACGUACGUACACGAACAGAUUUGAACAAAAUGGAUCAAGCUAGUUGAGCAAAAAUUAAUUAUAGCCCUAGUACAUACAAUACUGGUAUAACGAACUAACUAGCAUAGCGCAGUCGAUAAAGGGCAACGGUGAUACGAAGAGGGGAUGGCCUAAUGCUGUACCUAACUAUGAUCGUUAUAAGAACAACGGCGACUGCUGCCCAAGGUGUGAGAACUAUUUACUGUACAUUGUAUAUCGGAGAUGAAAUAUAUCAUAAACACACUAUUAUCAGUAUACGAAACGGAUCGAAAAAGCUGAUACGUUCGCCUGUACGAUAAGUCAUUAGACGAUGCACACCAGCCCAGUACUAUUAACCAUGAGUAAUUACUCGAUUACCUCAGUUGCUCAUCGACUUCUCAGCAACGUACGAUUCAGCCACUGAAGCAUCACGGCUGCAGGAAUCGUACGAUACGCGCAAGAAAAGGUGACGUUAGUUGUGAAAGAUGUUGACAUGCAUAAAUAAUUAAGUGUCGUGUGAGUGUUUUAUGAAAACUAGAAUAUACAGACGGAGCUCGCGUCUACGUUUCGUCGCCAGCAGACCUCGUUCGCGGACAACGACAGAUAAAGGAGCAAAUAGCAGAAAGCGAACGAAUUUAAACUCAGCAUACGGACAAGUGGCGGCUGAGUCACGGCGAACUAUUGUAGUACGCAUAGAUCGACAACAAUAAAAACGUCCAGGGUAUGAUUUGUAACUCGUGCGUUAGCUGUAAUGAUAAUCAUAGUAACGAUAACGACAUCUUGGAUUCGUUCGACCGAGAGAGUUCGCUCGAUGCCCCUACGCAACGAGCCCGAACUCAGUUGAGCUGGCACUGAAAUACCACGACGAUUUUUCCUCUAAUUCUUUCGUUGUCGUUGCUACAGUCCCCCAAGCGCCUCUUUCCCAAACCCUUUCUUUGUAUCAGACGAUAAUAGGUAAUAACGUCAGCGAACGAACAAUGCAGCUCUGAUCAAUUGCAGGAAUAAUUAAAGCAACAGCAGUGAUCACUCGAGCGGGGGUCACUAUGAGCAAAGUGUCUUGUUGUAUAUUCCUCAUCGUCAUCAUGCCGAUAGGUAACUCUGAAGGAAAAGAAAGCGACAACGAUGAUGAUGAUAAUAAGAGCGACAGCAGAAGCAAAUUCCCAGUAUUACAACAACCACCUGUACUUCGAGGGCGAAACCGUUACCAGUGUAACAAUACAAUAUGGGACAAGUACAUGGGGAUCAAGAAGAAGAAGAACGUCCGAAAAAUCAGCACGAUAACGCUGGUAAUAAUGGAUAAUUUGUUAUUGGUCUACUUGUUGGAGAAUAAAAGGGCUUAUAUCAUGCUCUCCGUUCGAAGUGAUACUGCUGCCGAUUCGAAUAUCGCAGUACGAUAAGGCCGAAGGAACGCAUGACGAGCGCCCACCUAAGUCAGCGAUAAUAAUGGGAUAUAAGCAACUGAUAAACGUAUGAACAGAGCAGAGAGAUGAGGACGCAACGCUGUGAUCAAGAGUUACUCUUUGACCCAAUAGCGUUAGAACGACGUAAGUCAAACCUAGUUAGCUUUUUGCCCAUUACUACUACUACAACAACAACAACAACAAUUUUACGUUUGUGAGCUUCGAACCAAUAAACACUAUCGGUGAUUCGUACGGGUUUGGCGUGUUGCUUUGCUUCGUGACUAGGUGUUGUGACGACGUGUUAACCUCGCCUAGGUCACUCUGUAGCUGUAAAUGUGUUGAAAUCGAAAACUGUUUCUAACCAGUUAACUGCUUAAUUUACAAAUCAGCGGGUCUUCGUAACUGUUUUAGGACGUGCUUAAUGCUGCUUCCUAGUGAGAUAGAUAGCUGAACUAACCUAGAGGUAGAGAUUAUAUUUUUGAUCAGCGAUUUGCCUCCAAAUCUCGCUAUAAUUUUAAAACAUGACGGUUGGGCAGGUGUCGUACGUAUAUGGAGACUAGUUAUUGCAUAGGGAUCAAGAGUGUCUCUGGUACACGAGUAUGAAUCGACAGCUUCGGCCUAGCCGUUCGCGGUUAUAUCCGGGUCGGUUGGUACUAAGCAUUUUGCUUUAUUGGCACUGUACAUCAUUAUGCAUGCACACUACGUCUAUUCGUCUCCUCCCCCACUCCGUCUACGCAAAACGCUAUAAUUAUUAGUUCCAACAGCAACUAUGGCCAUACUGCACUAUAACAACAGUAUCUUUUAGUAAUUGUUGAUAGGCACAGGUGUACACCGGUAGACACAUGAUUCGAAUUGAGUGUAUCUUAGCAUAGUGUUAGUACUAGUUGGUGUUCAAUUUGAAACAUAAAAAAGUAGGCCACCGAUUCAAAUGGGCAUUUCUAGAGCCUAAAGCUGGUCUAUACGAUCAUUCGGCUCUCUGCUUAUUCACUCGUUCGCAGCCCAACUAUGCAACUCCGCAAACUUACAGCGGUUUCAACUAUGUACGCAUGACGUUCACCCGUCUCAUGUUCAGGGCGGAAGCAAGCCAACAUCUCAGCAGUGCUCACAGCCGAUACCGCAGUCACCUCGCUAACAACGUUAAGAGUGGCUUGACGAACGACGCAUGGAAAACGAGUAUCACUUUCUUAUCAUGGAAUGGCUUCAUGGGGCACUUUCUCGAAUGGUUCGGCCAAUGUGUUUGUACGUGUCCGUCUAGUGCUAGCCCGGGUGCAAAGGCCACAGAAUGCAUCCUACACUGACCCUAUAUGAACUGACAUACAGAGUACUGCCAGGCUGGUUCAUCGCUGGCGACGUCACGAGCAUGACGAUGGCGACGGCCGCGAUACAUGCGCAGUGCCGGACCGGGGUUUUUCCAAAGAGAACUUGGCCAGGUCUCAGCGUUAGUAGGGCAAGUUGACGGUUCCGAAUAAAGCUUGUUCUCCGAAGUACUCUGCCCCAAACAGCUUCAACUGAACCGACCUGUUAACUAGCUGUUGGCGUCUGUAGUUCCACUGGACCCCAAGGCCAAUUGCUAGCACCUAACCAAGUUGAGCCUAUGGAGAAUAGGAUAAGUUCGUUAAGUCGCUUUGAAAAUUUCGUGCGUUCAUGCCACUGUGGCUGUUCCGUAAACUACUUCAAAUCAAUAAGAGAACGCAUCUAAAGCUAGUGAACAAACCUAAUAUAAUUGGGCUUCCUCUUCUGCUAUAAAGAGAAAUAAAAAACGUAUAAAUGCAGAUGAAUGCAAUAGAAUUUCAUUUUCUCUAGAAAGUAUGUAAAAACAUUAACUUUCCUAUGCCGUCCUAAUGCGUGUAAAAUAGCUGACAGCGAGCGGUUAAAAACACCCUUGAUCUAAUGCAAAGCAUAAACAUUGGUAUGACUAAUAAAGCGUGUGUGUGUGUGUGUGAUUAACAAUCGCGCUAUUUCGUCAUUCGGGCAUUUCUAUAAUAAUUCGAGCGCUCAAUUUACAACAAUUCAAUUUGCAACUGAAUAUGGUUUAUCGGAGUAAAACGAUUUUCUAUAAUAUGAGGUACCGGUCCAGUUUCUAGCCUGCGAUCUAUCUUGUACUAAAUCAGGCGGUCACAUUUUGUUGUCAACAUGGCAACACGAAUGCACUUCCGCAUCACUAUGUAGUGAAGAUAUUAAUCACAAACAAAACUGAUAGAUCAAUAACUACAUUAGGAUGAGUGCCAACUACAAAGGCCGCAUACGUUGUUAAAUCGAACGCUUCCAAGAUGCGUAACGAAACAGCUAGAUACGAAAACCUCUGGAGAAGAAAUAAAUCUUAGUCAUACAUGUCGCUAUGUGGUGCUCGUAUAUCUUCGUUGUCUCUUCUGUCCACUAGCCUUUCAGCCCCCUUACAACAUAUUCUUACUGUAUCUCAUGGAUAUAAGUGCCUAUGGCUGCUGCUAUUGCUACUAGCGGUGGCCGGUUCAACUGAGCAGUGCAAUAAGCGACGUAAAGGUCAAACAAUGCUCUCGUUUGGCCUUCCUUUCGAUCUUCGUUGGUCGAGUCACUGGCUCGCGCGCUUGCCCGUUCGCUGAUCGCCCUUUCACCGGCAACAGCAGUAGCGAUAGCCAGAUCAGCGCACCCCCGUUAUUCUGGUCAGCACGACUCGUCAAGAAGCCAGGUUUUCUGUCGUUCUCUCGGUUACUGGCAGAAAGCAGCAGCAGCUCCGUAGCCAUCCGUCACCACUGGAUUAACAAGAGAAUGGAGCGGCCGAAGAACAUACUCAGCGGGCGGACGGACGAACGAGCGAGCGAGCGGAUGGUUGGUCUGCGACGAGGGC